UGCUUGUUUUUUACUUUUUUUUUAAUCUGCUCUAUGCAAUACGGCGUCGUUUCUGCGUCCUCCCCCUCGCCGCUCACCACCGCCGGUCAGCACCGCCGCUUCAAUCGAUGCUGGGCCCAGAGCCCCCACCCACCGUUAAAUCAAUUAUUCUGGGAACCAAACCUAAAGUCCCCACACACACUCCAUCUCCAUUCCUUCACCGAAGAAAUUUCCUCUCUCAAACCCUAAUUCGAUUUCACCCCCUUCUUCACUUGCAAACCGAUCUCGAUUGAUUAUCUGUAUUGUGACACAGGGUGAUAUAAUUUUGGAAAAAAAACGAAGAUGGUGUCGGCGAAUAGGGAGAUGGUGGUGUACUGCUUCGACGCACUGGUGGCCCACUACAACGGCGACGAAGCUCCUCCUCCCACUUUCGACGAGGGUCAGCACCCGUUGUUUGUGACUUGGAAGAACGCCGUCAAUGGUGGGGAGCCUCGCUUACGUGGAUGCAUAGGGACUUUGGAGGCUCGCUGCAUAGUUAAUGGUUUCAAGGAUUAUGCUUUAACAAGUGCCCUCAGGGACCGCAGGUUCCCCCCGAUACAAGCUAAAGAGCUGCCUAACUUGGAAUGUACAGUUUCCAUCCUGACCAACUACGAACCUGCUCGUGACUACCUCGACUGGGAGGUGGGAAAGCAUGGCAUAAUUAUUGAAUUUGCUGAUCCCGAUUACAACACUAGGCGAAGCGCCACCUAUUUGCCUGAGGUUGCUGCUCAUGAAGGGUGGACGGUGAUCGAAGCAAUCGACUCGUUGAUUAGAAAGGCAGGUUACAGUGGGAAAAUCACUGGACAGCUGCGAAAGAGUAUUCAACUUACUCGUUACCAGAGCACACUAUUCACCAUGCACUAUGGCGACUAUGUUGCCUAUGUGAAGACAAUUCGAGGUGCUGCCCCGACUAUUAAUGGGGCAAAACCGACCAAUUAUUGAUAAGCUUCUUUUACUUUAUUUAACCUUCCGUUCGGAUUCGGGAAGGUAAUUUCAUUUAAAACAAAACAAAAAGAAAUUAUGGAUGCAACUAAUUAUUGUACCCAUUCUGCUCAAUAAUUAUUUUACUUAUUGUGUUGUUUUAAUGUUGUAUUUGGUACAUGAAUUGUGUUUAAAUCUAGGAACAAAGGUGCUAUGUUGUAAAACUUUGUGGUCUUGUAAUAUAAUUUUACAAUUUGUUA